GCGCACGCGUGUGUGUGUGUGCACCCAUGUGUGUGUGCGCCCGUGUGUGCGCCCGUGUGUGUGCGCGCGUGUGUGUGUGCACCCGUGUGUGUGUGUGUGUGUGUGUGUGUGUGUGCAUGCGUGUGUGUGUGCACCCGUGUGUGUGCGCGCCCAUGUGUGCGCGCGUGUGUGUGUGUGUGCGCGCGUGCACAUUUCUGAACAAUGAUAUAGUCCAUAAAUAACUCUCGUAACAUCAUAAUACAUUGUUGCGGCCGUGUUUCUCGGCAUGUCUGAGAUAAAGGGGCGGAGUCUGGGGUUGUUGUUUUCCCAGAAGCCUUGGCUGGAGAUGCUUUUUGAAUAUUAAAUUGGUGGUGUGUUUAUACGUCUAGUGUUAAAUCUGUGAGUAAAAACUCACAGUAAAAACUCUGUGUGUGUGUGUAUUUUGCCUACUAUUGUCUUUUUGCUGUUGAAAAAUCGAGCCUCCAUUUCCCACCGAGCGCUCAGACCCGCACUCCACCCCUCUGGGCCACCAGUGUAAUGUGAAAGUGUGUGUGUGUGUGUGUGUGUGUGUGUGAAAUGAUGAUAUCAGCCAGCGGAAACAGUGCAAGAACAGGCUGUGAAUAAGAAUGCCAAAAUAAGAAAAAAAGAAGAAGAAGGAGGAGGAACUCAAAAGGAAAGAGAAGCAGCAAGAACAUGAGCUCCUGCACAAACUUACAAUUUUGUUAGUUUUAAGUAGAGAAGAAAAAUGCCAAUUUAAUGCUAAAUAUCCAGAUUACUCACUGAACAACUUUUUUUUUUAAAUAAAUACUAUACUAAUCUGCUAACCGGGACAUGAACCACAGAUCAACUACAGGAUACCAACUAAAAGAAGAGUAAGAGAAACUUUGGAGAACAGAAGAAAACCGCUUUAUAACAGUAUUAGUAAAAGAGAACUUUCUCAAAAAGGGAGCACACCCAAACGCCGGACUUUCAGCUAAUAAAGAACUGACAAUGGCUGAGUUUGAACUGAAAGCUUUAGCUGAAAAAGAGAAGAACAGUCUAACAGCAGCUCAGCCCAGCUCUGAGCCUGAGCCCCCUCCACCUGUUCCUUCUGCAUGCACCCCUCACCUGACCUCAUCCUCACUGGACAGAAAGAUUGAGUGCCUCAGAAAAGAAAUGUGUAAACAUAUGUGCACCCUGGAGCAGAAAGAGUCCCAGAUUCAGAGUCUCAAACAGCAGCUGACUACCAUAAAUGAGGUAUUCAAACAGACCAUCCCAUCGAGCAGAGAGCUAGCCAUCCCAUCGCCCAGAGAGCUAGCCAUCCCAUCGCCCAGAGAGCUAGCCAUCCCAUCGCCCAGAGAGCUAGCCAUCCCAUCGCCCAGAGAGCUAGCCAUCAGAUCGCCCAGAGAGCUAGCCAUCCCAUCGCCCAGAGAGCUAGCCAUCCCAUCGCCCAGAGAGCUAGCCAUCCCAUCGCCCAGAGAGCUAGCCAUCCCAUCGCCCAGAGAGCUAGCCAUCCCAUCGCCCAGAGAGCUAGCCAUCCCAUCGCCCAGACUGCUAGCCACCCCACUGAUCAAUCAGCCCACAAUCCAGCUCACCAACUCUCCACAACACCAAGAGACUCUAGCUCUUCUUAUAGAUAACAAUGGCAAAUUUUUAAAUCACAAAAAGCUGUUCCCCGCACACAAUGUGAUAAUGUUCCGGUGUCCCACCACAGACAUUGUGCUCAAGCGACUCUCGCAGUUUACAGAACAUGACCUUCAAUACAUAGUGAUUCACACUGGCACAAACGAAAUCUACUACAAACGCAACAAAGUAGCAGACUCGGUGAAGACGAUGGCUCAAAAGGUUCAUAAGAGCUUCCCGAAAGCCAACAUAACCAUUUCAACCCUUUUGCCUAGAAAUGAUUACCCCUUGAAUCUCAUCAAUGAAAUCAAUAAAAAUAUCAUCAAAAAGUGCUCCAACAUUCCCAACACCUUGAUUGCAAAGCACCCAACAAUAACGAGUAAUAACCUACAUGACGAUAUACACCUACACCGCAAUUUCAUCGGAAUCUUUGCCAAAAAUCUAAAGGAUGCUGCACUCAGGAGAGACCCAAACAACCAGAAGCCCAUCAGAGCUACAGAACUUCAAGGACCACCUGCCAACUACCACACACCCCAACAGCCACCUAGACAGAAAGGACACAAGCCUCACAACACACACCAUGGGAAAGCCAGAGCCAUGGUCAACAAAUCCCAUCCUAGCAAAGCACAGCCUGCAAAGACCAAGUCCAGAUAUGCACAGGGACAGGAUCCCGUCCUUAACACUGCCGAGUCGAAGGCUCUGAGAGAGCGGUGGUUGUUGGACGGUGCGCCCUCCAGUGGAGAAAACGAGUUUCAGAGACAGCUGCAGGAAGACGAGGCUAAGACCAGGGAACUGGAGCAGAGCAUACCCAGGUUGGAGCAGGAGAUCGAGGAGCUGGAGACCGGCGUUCCUGUGUCUAAAUCCACCGCCGAUAAACAGAACCUUAUAAACACGACUGACGGCCCCGGAAAAGUGGAGAACGGCGUCCCUAAAACCAGGCAGGUGACCGGCAUCGAGGCGAAGCUGGAAUGCACAAAUUUAGACGCGAAGGCCAUCGAGAACGCGAGCGCGGACCAUCCGGUCACCAUGGUGUUCAUGGGCUACAAAAACGUGGAGAACGAGGACGAGACCAAGAAAGUGCUGGGCAUCGAGGAUGCGGUGAAGGCCGAGUUGGUUGUCAUCGAGGACAGCGAGAACAAAGCAGUGACAGAGGAUGGAAAGAAUGACGAGAAAGCUCCUCUGAAUGGCGCCCCCUCCAGUCCAGACGACAAGAAACAGGACGAGGCUACAAACGGAGAUGAGGCGAAACAGGGCGAGGCCAAGAAAGAAAAGCAGCGGUGCAAGUGCUGCACUGUCAUGUGAGCAUGGGGGCCAAAACUUUUACUCAAAAGAAAUACUAAAUAUUACAACUAAAAGAAAAAUACAAAAUCCAGAGAGGAACUGCUGACUUUGCAGUAAUUAAUGCAAGCCCUGUAAAAAUUACAGUGCAUAUGAAAAACAUAUCGUUAAUGUUAGCACUAUAAUAAUUAAGAGACACUAGCACAAUACUAACAAUAAUGACAUCACUAAUGACAUCACUGUUACUGUUCGAGUUGCUAAUGAUAUCAUUACUGACAUAAUUGUUAGCAUUAUUGAUAGUUCUGACUCAAAUGACGUUGCUGUUAACUUUGAUGAUGAUAUUACUUCACUGAUAGCGUAGCAUAGUUAUAUUUACUGCAAACUAUGCUAACUUAAGUCUUUUUUAUACGGCAAACGUAAAAGUGCAUUAACCAUGGAAAUGAGCUGUAUCCGUCAGGAACAUCAACAGUUACCUCAGAUCUGGCGAGAAAUGACUAAGAAAAGUCUUGGAAUGGCUAAAGUUACAAAUAAUUACACUUAGCGUCAAUGUGACAGCAUUUAUUAUGAAUGUGAUAAUGAUAAUAACAUAAAAUUAUUAUUAUAAAAAAUAUAAAAAAGUGCACCAUUUAUAAUGAUAAUAACAUUACUAAUCUCACUCCAGUAGAACAUUGCUAGUAAUAACAUUAUUGACAUCACUGUUACUGCCAAAUGACCAUUUGACUGCCAGUUAUGCUAAAAUGUAAGGUAGCUAUCUUUUAUAUGGACAUUGUAAUGGUGCAGUAACCAUGGAAACUAUACAGAACCAUCAAGAACAUCAACAUUUACCUCAGAUGUGUUGGAAAAAUACAAAGAAAAGAAUUCUGUACGACUAAAAUUACCCUUAAUUACAUGUAGCAUCAACUGGUAAAUCAUUUUAUGUAUCACAUAUUAAUUUGAUAAUGAUAAAAAUAUUAGUGAUGUCCCUGUUAGCGGUGCUAGUAAUAACAACAA